GCUAGGAAGAGGGGGUUGGAGGAUGAUGACGAUGACUAUAGCACCGAAGAUGAGCCUGAUGAGGAGGCUGAUUUCUUUGCCGAGGAACAGUCUGACGAAGAAACUAAGGCAAGCAAAAGCAAGAAACAAAAGGCGAAGACCGAAGAUAAAGCAAAGGGGAAAGGAAAGGACAAAUCCCGAGUGGAACAUUUGAGAAGGAAGCAACCAAAGAAGAGUUGGAGCUCUUGGUUGCUGCUGACCAGGAUACUGCCACUGGUGCAAAGGGUUAUAACUUGAAGCGCAAAAAGAGUAAAAUGGGCAAGAAGGGCAAAGAGGAAUCAGUUGAGGACAAACUUCCUGAUAUUGAUCUUAUCAAGGAUGAGAGGUUCUCAGCAAUGUUCACGUCUCAUUUGUUCGCGUUGGAUCCUACUGAUCCCCAGUACAAGAGGAGUACGGCCUUCAUGCGUAAGCAAGCUGGGAAGCCGAGGGCACAUGCAGGCAAAGUGGACAGGGAACCUCCUGUGGAGGGAUCAUCUCUGGGAGGUACACUGCCACCUGAUGAUGCAGCUACUAAGAACGAUGAUCAGAAACCCAAUGGCCCAUCCACAGAGAAGCUGCAGAUUUUGUCUGCUGUCAAGUCUGUCAAAAGGAACCUUGGUGCAUUAAAAAACGCAAGUUCAGGUGACCGAUAAAUAAUAGCACCGUUUUGCUCUGGUCCAUUGCUCAUGAAGUCAUGAUUAGUGAAAGCCAAAUAAUUGGUUUUCAUUUUUUUCAUGAUGUAAGCUUUGAAAUAGUUUCGUGGUUUGUUAUGUAUGUAUGUGAGCUUCUACAAAUAUGCGUCCAAUUUUCAGAUUUUCAGUUUUGACAUUAUUACAGUCCAGUUGCUAUUGUAGCGCAGGGGAAUAGGUGGCAUGGUUGUACCUGUGCUGGCUAGAAAUCCUACUAGCGAACCUAUG